GUCGGGUCAUUACUAAAAAAUUGUCUAUGUAAAGGCAUUAAUAUGGAAAUAAAGAAGUAAUAGGAGUUUUAAACAUUUACAUGGAUAUGAAAAUGUGUUUUCGUGAUAAUUUUUCUUUCGUUUUCUGUCGACAUUUGGAAUAUAAUUUGCUAAAGAAUUUUAGAAUUACAAUUUAGAAUAUUAAAAGUUUUAUGCACUUCGGCGAUUUGUGAAUUGUGGUUUAAUAGUUAAAGAAAUACUUUUACUAUGAGUAAAUUUGUGAAAAAAGUGAUUGAUGAAUUAAUUGAACAGAGUUAAUUGCGCAUAUUUUCCGAAACCAAUGUGCUCAUUACAUAUAAUAUGCAUUAGUUAUAACUAAAAUCUUUAUUUUUAUAUGUAAGUGUAUAAGCGUUUUGUUGUCAUCAGGAAUUUCUUGAAGUGAGAGUGAUUUUUUCCUGAAAUUAGGAGAAAGUUCACUUCUCCCACAUUUUUUCUAUUAUGUGAGUGGAAAUGCGCCAAAAUCAGCAAAGUCAGUGUAGUGAAAAUUGAAAUUUUACCAAGUUGUUCUUGGCGCUUUUUGCAAAAGCAUAAUCUUCUUAAUAAUUCUUAAUCUUGUAAAACAAUAUGCCAGUUGACCGCAAGUGUUUUGUGCCCGGAUGUGGAAAGAAUACCGUAAGGAAUCGAGCAUCUAAGUUCCACCAACUUCCCAAAAAUGAGGAACUUUCGAAGAAGUGGAAGGAGAAUAUGAGGUUAAGCGAUCCGCUGCCCAAAUUAGUAUAUGUUUGCGAUAGCCACUUUGAAGUGGAGGCUAUGGGCAGAAAACAGCUAAAGAAAAAAGCCGUACCCACAGUGAACCUAGUUCAUACAACGGUGUCACAGCUGUCUGGAGUCUUACCAGGAAAUAAUGUCACCCGAGAAUAUGAAGUAUUAGAGCAGGUGUGUACAGCUGGCGUUGGGCUCAUGUGGAAAGUCUACAAUGGCUAUAAAAAGAGCACAAAACAGGAAGUGUCUGUAUUUGUAUUUGAAAAGAAAUUAUUGGAGCGUUGGUCAAAAGAUGAUAGGGAAACAAUGUUGGAAACACUAAGACGUGGAGUGCAGCAAUUGACAAAAAUACGACAUCCCCAUGUAUUGACAGUGCAGCAUCCGUUAGAGGAGUCACGCGAUUCUUUGGCAUUUGCCACAGAGCCCGUUUUCGCAUCUUUGGCAAAUGUAGUUGGAGAUCAAGUACGCUCGGAUAAAAAGCUCUAUGAUGUGGAAAUACGUCAUGGUCUUUUGCAACUUUUUGAUGGCUUAUCUUUUCUUCAUAAUGAUGCCAAAAUCGUACACCGUAAUAUUUGCGCAGAGACAAUUGUGAUUAAUAAAAAUCGUAGUUGGAAGUUAUUUGGGUUUGACUUUUGCAUUGCUAAUCAGCCAGCAGUUGAUGGUAAACCCUUUUGGCCAUGUCGUGAAUAUUCCACAUCAGUGCAUGUAUUAGCACAGCCAAGUUUGGAGUAUUGUGCACCGGAAAUAGCGUUGAAUACUAUAAAUAGCACCGAAAGUGACUUAUUUUCAUUAGGUGUAUUAAUAUUCACAAUCUAUUCGGGGAAACCGUUAAAAUCGUUUGGAAGUGAUUAUAGCACAUUUCGUCGGUACGCUGCCGAUCUUAACCAACGAAAAUAUCCGCCAAUGAAUUGUAUUCCAAAUGAAAUGCUUGAAAGCUUAAGAUCAUUAUUACAUCCUAGCCCACACAUGCGCUCACCAUUACACGAAUUGAAACAGAUCGCUUAUUUCCAAGAUGUUGGCGUUAAGACCCUGAGCUACUUAGAUUCCUUAUAUCAAUGGGAUAAUUUACAAAAAUCUAAAUUCUAUAAAGGUCUUCCACAAAUUAUACCAACUUUACCACAUCGCGUUAAUUUACAUUCCAUAUUACCAUAUCUGGUAAAGGAAUUUAUAAAUUCACCAAUGAUACCGUUCGUUUUACCCAAUGUGCUAUUAAUUGCUGAACUGAGUAGUCAAAAAGAGUAUUGCGAGCAUAUUCUUCCACAUCUUAAACCAAUUUUCAAAUUGACCGACCCUAUACAAAUCUUACUAAUUUUCAUGCAAAAAAUGGAUCUCCUUUUGAAGUUAACACCUGCGGAAGAGGUAAAAUUACAUGUACUACCUUUGCUUUAUCGCUCAUUGGAAUGUGAUAUGCCGCAAAUUCAAGAGUUGUGUUUGGCUGUGUUACCUACCUUUUCCAAUUUGAUCGAUUACAACGCCAUGAAAAAUGCUGUGAUACCGCGAAUUAAAAAACUUUGCCUUACCAGCACCAACGUGUCGGUAAAAGUAAACUGUUUAAUAUCAAUUGGUAAACUUCUAGAGGACUUAGACAAGUGGUUGGUGCUCGAUGAAAUAUUACCCUUCUUGCAGCAGAUACAAAGUCGUGAACCUGCCAUUAUAAUGGCUAUAAUUGGUAUAUAUAAAAUUGCCAUGACAAACACUAAGUUGGGCAUAACUAAAGAUGUGAUGGCGCAUAAAUGUAUACCGUUUUUGAUGCCACUGAGCGUGGAGAACGGCCUAACAAUUGCACAAUUCAACACUAUUGUGACAUUGAUUAAGGAAAUGUUUAGUCGCGUGGAAAAGGAACAACGUGAGAAGUUGGAGCAACUGUCAACCAUUCAAAGAGAAAACAAGCCACGUGAUGCUGCUGAGAUUUUGACAACAGAGUUGGAACAGAAGGAUUCUAAAACGAAUACCAGUCUUAAUAGUAACAGUGAUGAUGACAUGUUUUCUGGUUUCUCCAUUUCGCAGUCUACGAAGAAGUUAAGCUCAACUACACCUCCAAGUCAACAGCAAAAGCAUAAAACGAUCAACGAUUCACUUAAAAUAUCCCACAGCGCAGCACCCAAACCUGACAUCCUUUCCUCCUUGAUGAAUUCGAAUCUUACAAAUUUGAGUAGUAAUUCAUCGCCAAAGUCUAGCGCAGCUCCCAUUGGUACUGCAGUGUCACCAAUUGUGAAUCCUUACGCUUUAGGAGGUAGCAGUGGCAACAAUUUGACUAAUCAGAAACAAUCGCGAUCAAAUGAUAGCUGGACUAACAAUUGGCACAGCGCCAAUCCAUUAGUAAUGAAUCAUCAACUCGCAUCGCCACAAGCUGCUAAUAGCAGUAGCAAUAAUAAUUCAUCAUUGGAUAAUUUGGAUCCAUUUGGGAAUAGUUCUAAUAUUGCCGGUACCAGUAAGCAACAACGACCUGCAGUAAAUUAUAUUUAUCCAACUGGAUAUAAUGGCGGUGGUAGUGCUGGCUUAAGCAAUGGCAAUAAUCUGAAAAACAUGAAUAUGAAUAAUUUAACGCCACUGUUACCCCAACAGAAGACAGCACAGCAGCAAGCACAGGAUAAUAAAAAUUUGAAUACUUUAUCGCAGCAAGACAUUUUAAGUUUUCUUAAUUAGUUGACUUACGUGUUGAGUACAGUUAUAUAGCAACUUAUCGGCUAUAUGCUAUGUGCAAUUUAUCACACUGAUUCACAUAUGUAUGUAUAUAUAUACAUUUCACUUACGGCCAUUUGAAAUAUCAAAGACAAUUCCGUAAGCAAUAACGAAAUAUGAAAUGUUUUAAGAAUAUGGAAUAAUUUUUUUAGCUUAUAGAAAACCGAGUGGAAUAUGGUGAACGUAUGUAUUGUGGGUGUUUUUGUUUUCUUGAUUUUCAUUUGUUUGUUAACAUAUAUAUUAGUAUAAUUCUUGAGUAAUUUUCAAAUCGUGCAUGCCUUCAUUUUUAUUUCAUGACUAAGUGAAAAAUAUUUGUAGCUGAAGUGCGAAUAAAGAAGUCAGUAAUUUUGAAAUUUUAGUUUUUGAAACAUUUUAAUUUCAAUUUUUCAUUGUAAUUUACUUAAUUAUUUAGAAAAGUGAAUUUAAUUUGAUUUUGCGCCAAUAAUCACUGGGUUUUCGCCACACGUAAUAAAAGUAUUCAUAAGAAUUAAUGGUGGUUGAAAUUGUAUGGAAAUGAAAACAUUAAUCAUCAGAUAUAUUUGAACAAAAAUGUAUAUUGGAUAAAACAUAUUGCACUGCUACUAACAUUUUUCGUGUAAAAAGUAAUAGUUUUAAAGUAUAUAUUUUAACCAUCAUUGUAUGUGUGUUGAACUAUGUAUGAAAUUGUAUUUUUUAAACUUCGAAUCCUCUUAGACAAUUUCCGUUUCCAUUUUUUCUGUUCCUGUAUUAUCAUUUAAAAUAUGUAAUUGUAAUUACACAACAAUAUAAAUAGUACAUAUAUAAUAUUAAUUAUAUACAUAUAAAAAAUCGAUAUCAUAAAUACAAUGAACAUUAACAUAUUUAUCAAAUAUGUACUGACCUUUCGCUCAAAUAAAUGUAUCAAAAUCA